AUGGCCUUUGAAUCACAAUUUGUAUAUGUUACAUCUACUUCAACAAUAAGUGUUUCCUUUUGGAUAUAUUUAGUUGAUUGGGUUUUGGUUCUAGUUCUUGGUCUUGGAUUUUUAUUUUAUUUCCAUAAAUUAUUAGGAUUUAUAUUUUCAUUUUUAUUUAAAUUAAUAUUAUGGAAAACUUAUGGUAUAAGACUUCAUGUUGAUUCAUUAAAAUUAUCACCUUUAGGUGGUAGACUAUUUUUCAAGAAUUUGACAAUGUCAUCAGCUGAUACAACUAUAUCUAUAUUAAACACUACCAUAACUUGGAGAUAUUGGUUUAUUUCAUUAACAAAAUUAUCAAAUUUUUAUUGGGAAGCAGAUUAUGAAACUGGUGGAGUGACCCAAAAAAUAAAUGAUGAACUGCCUUCAAGAUUUUUGAUUGUUGUGGACGGACUAGAAAUUUUUAUGUAUAAUCGAACUGCAGCUUAUGAUGAUAUACUAAACAAUUUGAAAAACUAUCAAAAUCACCAUCAAAAUGUUUCUACCACCACCAACAUUGAUGCGCCAACACGUUCAAGAUCAUUAAUGUUAUUAUUGCAAAUACUACCCAUUGAAUUAAGAGUCAAAAAAGGAGCAGUUGUUAUUGGAAAUAUUACCACUCCUUCAAUACUAGUAGCUUCUUAUAAAGCUGCUAAUGGUUUAAUUGAUAUAGCAAAAGCUCCCAACCCAUUAGAUCCUUAUAGAUUAAUUCACGAUAUCCAAUUUGAUGAUUUCCAAAUAUGGAUGAGACCAAAUAUUGGAUAUGACAAGAAUCGAUAUACCACCAAUACUAUUAAAAAAUCACCGAAAAAGCAUUACAAAAUAUGGCAUAACUUUUUACAUGCUACUAAAUGGAUUCACAAAAAAUUAAACAAUGAAGAUUUACCACCAAAUUACAAUUGGCACGGUUUAAAAAGAUAUGUUGGAGAAGUGGAAGAACAAGAAGUUAUAAAUGAUGAACAAUAUGCUAAAUAUAGUUUAAUCCUUGAUUCUCCAAUGACAAGAGUAGUUUAUUAUUAUGAUUCUCCUGGACCAAAUAAAGAUAACUCACCAUUGGCAGAAAGCGGUGUCGAAGUUGAAAUAUCAAAUGGCACUAUGCAUUAUGGUCCUUGGGCUGAUAAACAAAGAGUUCCCUUACAAAAUAUGUUAUUCCCCUCAAUAGCUAAAGAUUCAGCACCAAAAGAGAAAUGCGGAUCCAAAAGAGAUUAUGAUGGAUUUAAAUUUGCAGUAAUUGUUCGAGAUGAGUUAGUUUUGAGAAUUCCUACAAGAGAAUCAAGUAAAGAUAAGGGAAACCAUAAAACUAGACCUUUUGGUUGGUUAGAAGUAAAGGUAGAUGAAGGUUCAAACAUAGGUCUGUUUACGUCAUUUAUGACUGAAAAAGAUAAAUGGCCGAAUAAAUUAAAAGUCAUAUUCAAUAAUCCGGAAGUUAGAAGUUCCGUGAAUCAUGACGUUUUAUUUUUAGCUGAUUCACAUGAAAUAAAUGCUGAUAUUGCAUUACCCUUGGAGUGGAAUGGACUUUGUAACUGGAAAUUCAAUCAAGUGAGUUUAAAUCCUAGGGUGUUUUUAUUAAGAGAGCACCUACUAUUGUUUUCUGAUUUAUUUACUGAUUUUGCCCUGGGCGAUCCACAACCAUAUGAAUAUUUUAGACCAUUUUGUUAUGACAUUUCUUGGAAAUUAAUAAAUUAUGAAGUAUUUCUUAAUGUGAAUGAUUGUAAUAUCAUUGAUAAUCCUAGAGAUUUUGAUAAUAAUAAAUAUUUAUCAUUUCAAGGAGAAGAGUUUAAUUCAGAGAUUAACAUUCCAUUAAAUGGGGCCUUCUCCAAAAAGACUACAGUUUCAUACAAACUUUGGACACCAUAUUUUGAAUUAGUUUUAGAUACUCCACCUUGGCAUACAGUUAAUGCAUACCUAAAAGAAACAAAUGUUGUUGGUAAAAGUGGACAUUUCACCAUUGAUGGAGCUUAUACCUUUUAUAAUGCAGUUGAAAUCAACACCACAAAUUUGGUUGAAAUCAAUUGUAUAGCUGAUGAAUUAAGUUUAAAAUUUUAUGGAUUUAUUAUUAGGUACCUUUUCACUUUAAGGGAAAAUUAUUUUGGAGAUCAUAUACAUUUUAAAACCUUUGAAGAAUAUAAUAAUGAAGAAAGUAUCAACAGUGAAAUUCCAGAACAAGAAGAAUCAUAUUGGAAAAUGAUCAAGUUUGAAAAUGAUGUUGACGUACUAUUUAAAUUUCAAGUUAGAAAUGGGUUGAUUAUAUUACCAACACAUUUGUAUAGUUCCUCAUCCCAUAUUGGUCUUAAUUUUGAUAUGUUGGAUAUUGAUAUUAGAUUCUGUAACUAUUAUAUGGAUAUGCAAGUUGAUUUUGGUCCAGCAUCAGGAGUUUUGGUGAGAGAAAGUGAUGGUAGUUCAAUGAUGAGUGUUGGUGAAUAUACUGAAUCUCAUUUGUGCUCUCAUAUUGAUAUGUCAAUUGAUGGAUUUGGUGUACAUGCUCAUAGAGCGUUUGGAGUUCCACCAACUGAAACAACAUUUUGGUGUAAAUGGGAUUUCUAUUGUGGAGAUUGGAUUAUUGAUAGUAAACCAUAUUUUGUAAAAGCUUUAAGUUCAGGAUUAUCAAAUUUUGGUAUUGGUUUUCUGGACCAAGAAAAUGCAUUGGAUGAAGCAUUUCCACCAGCAUUCGACGCAGCUAAUUUUUCAUUUAGGUGUCCAAAAAUAUUAAUAAAAUUAUGCACAUCUUCAGGUGGUGGAAUUGAAAUUGGAUUAUUAGAUAUAAUUUUGGGUUACAACGACAUAUCAAAUAUGAGAUAUUCAAAUAAAUUAUCAGUUUCCAUACCAGAAAUUUAUCUUAACGUGUUUAACUCCCAAAAAAUUAGUUCAACUUUGAGGACUUCGCUAGUAUUUUCAAAUAUCUGUCAAAAGGUUGAUAUGGUUGGAAGAAGAGAUACUCAACAACUACAUAUAAGGGAUAAUGAUGCUCCAUUUCAUCGGUCCCCAUUUCUUUUAUUUGAAGAAUAUAGAGACGAAUUUUAUGAUGCUAACAAAGGAAGUUUCCUCACCUCAUUUACACUUCCGGAAGUCCCAAUUCCUUUAAUUGAUGAUUUGACAAAUCUGACAUCUACAGAAGAUGAGGAUACCACUUUACCAGCAUUAGAUUAUAGAGAUGAAGAUUUUACUCCUUCAUAUGAAGUUGAUCCAGAUACAGAGUAUGAUAAUUUAAUUUUGGAAUUGGGUGAUGUUGAUUCAGAAAUGAGUUUGAAGAGUAUCUCGGUAUUGAUAGCUUUGCUAAAAGAGCUUCAAGAUUUUGAUAUUGAUUCAGUAAUGGAUAAAAUAGGAGUAAAAACAAUCAAAAUGCUAAAUAACUUCCUAAAAUCAUCAAAAGCUGUUAAAAACUUAAGGGUGGUUAAUCAUGAUGUUAAUUUAUGUAUAAAGCUAGACGAUGAUAAUAAAGUCAACUUAAAUACUAAAGAUUUAUCCAUUGCCUUAUCAAAUAAAACUGAAUAUUUUGAAAAUUAUGGAGAAAUUCAUACCCAUGAAGAAUUUUCCUUAGCCUUGCAUCUUGGUUCAAUCAACAUUAAUUUAUUACAAAAAUUUAAUAUAUCAAUUGAAGAUAUUGAAGUGUGGAUGGAGAAAAUAGAUGAUCUUGUUGGAUCUGUUAAAGCUGAUUUUAUAGAUACAGAUAUUGAUUUAAAACAUGAUUGGAAAUCGGACAUUGAUAAAUGGAAAGAUCAAAUCACAUCAGAAUUAAAAAAUUUGGAUAAUUUACAAUCUGAAAGAUCUAAACAUGCAAGUUUGAUUUAUGCAUUAACUGUUGCUUCUUCUGAUUAUUAUAUUGAUCAUGAUCCUGAUGUACUUACACGUCCAGCAUAUGUUCUUAGAGCUAAAAAGGAACAUAUAAGAUUUUUUGAUGGUUGGAAAGUAGUUGCAAGAUUACGUCACAUUUUACAAAGUUUACCACCAUCUUGGUUAGAUCUGGUAAAUUUGAAGAAUCAAUUGCCAAAUAAUGCAUUUGAGCAAGUGGUUGAAAUUUUUUCAAGAUGGAGAAUUUGGGAAGCUAACCCACAACAAAGGAUAUAUAUGUUUAAACAUAUAUUUGGUAUAACUGAAGGUGAUUUGACCAAAAAUUUGAAUUUUGAAUUUGCAUUAAACGAAUUUAGUUUUAAAUCUAGAUGUCGUAAGAACCCUUGUUAUAUGAAUAUUGAAGGGAUAUCAGUUGAUUAUAUAAAAGAUGAAUUAGUUUGUCGAAUAAAUUCUUAUGAUAGUAAAAUUACAGCAAAAUUAUUAACUUUGGCUAAUUCAUUAAAACCACCUGAUUCAAGUAAAAAAGAACCAACAACAAAAGAAGAACCAAUUAAAAUUCCAAAUUUUUUAGUCGAUAUUGCUCAUUUUAAACAAUCAAUUUCAAUAAUCACAGCAUCAAUCGAAAUAAAAUUUGAAAAUUUGUUAUGUCAAGUUUUGGAAAAUGGUACGACUGGUGCAUUAAAUGUUGAUGCUUUUCAAGCUAAUUUAAGAGGUGCAAGUCAGAUCAUGUUGAAUCAAGAACUUUAUACGUUAAAUGUUGUUUUUUCCAAAAACAAUACAAUUGAUGUUGAUCUAAAAGCUUCAAAAACAAGGAUAUUUGAUUCUGUUAUUGCUUUAAAAGAGUUAAUGAAUUAUGAUGUUUCCUAUAUUAAGCUGCUAAUACCAGACUCAAAAAAUAAUAUACAAGAAGUCACCACCGAGAAAGCAUCUUUUUUGUUAUCACUCAAAAUUAGUGAAAUACUAAUUGGUGUUGAUAUUUUGAAACCUUUGAAAAUUUCAGCUGCAAUAUUCGAUACAAAUAUAGAAGCAACAACAAGUUCUAUAUCUGUUCAAAUACUGAGAAUUAAAAGCAAUUUAAAUUAUGAGAAAGAUUACAUUUUUGAGCUUCAAAGUUCAGAUUUCUGGACAAACACUAGCUUCAAAGAUUUGGAUUCCACAUUGAUGGUAAGAUCAAUAAUCUCAUUAGGCUAUUUUAAAAUCCAAUCUUAUAAUCUCAUAAGAAGUUUAAUAUUUGCCAUGAAGGAUGUUGAUACAAUUGGACAAAAAGUAAAAGAAUUACAAAAUCUUAUACCACCCUCAGAAUCCACAAACAAACCAAUUGUGGGAAAGAAAAAACCUACUUUAUUUAAAAUUAAUUUUCAAAAUGAUUAUUUGGAAUUGGCAACUAUUAUGAACAAAAUCAAUACUAGUGUAGCUAUUGAAGGAGCUGCUUGUAAUGUUGCUAAUGUAUCAUUAUUUUUUAAAGUACCAAUUUAUGGAGAUAUUUCAAUUGCUGCGGCUAGAAUAAAUGUGCUUGCAAAAGGUGUACCACUUAGUUUAUCCAAUUUAUUGGAGUUGAAUUUUGCAAUUAGACUUUUCAAUGAUACAGAAUCGAUUAGACAAAAUUUACAAGUGGAAUCACAAUUUUGCAGAGUUUGUUUAUCUGAAUUAACAGUGAUUUCAAUUUUGGAACUUUUAAAUGAAGUGGUAAAAAUUCUUCCAACUUUGAAGAAACCUAAAGCAACAACAAAACCGCCACCGGCAUCAUCAACACAAGCAAGCAGAAAUAGUUUUGAAGAAAUGAUUUAUUCUAGAAUUGCAGCAUUCCAAUUUUUAUCAUAUAAUUUUUGUUUUGGUUGGUUAUUUAAUGAAAAGUCUAAAGAAUAUCCAGGUGUUAUAGUUGGAGCUGAGAAAUUCUUUGCUGCUACCGAAGAAAGUUUGGGAAAGUUUACAUUAAUUGGAUCAUAUGUAUCUGUUGCUAAUGGUAAUCAGUCAUCAAAUUUUUAUAGUACUGAAUCAGAAAGAAGUAGUUUAAAUCGAGCUUUCCUUCCAAUUUUACAAGUGGCUUAUAUUAUAGAAAAAGAAUCAAAAUCAUCAAAACAUUUAAGUGUUACUGUUAAUGGUGAUGAAAUUGAUGUUAGAUUUUUAUCAACUUCAAUAGGUAGUAUAAUUCAAAAAGCAGCUACUCUGGCCACUAAUGUGAAACAAAUAAUUGAUAAAUUUGAAAAAACUGCAUGUGAGGAAUUCACCACAGAAUCAAACAAAUCCAAUAUUGAUAUACCCUACCAAUCAAUUGAAUUUUCAUCAACUUUUGCUGGUUCAAAAGUUAUGAUAUAUAGAAUUGAGGAGGAACAAGAAGACAAACCUUCAUUAUUUUUACAUGCACCUGCAAUUAAAACAGCUUUCAAAUUUAUAGACGAUGGUGAGACUAAAAAAUUAUUUGGUGAAUUAUUAACUUCUUCAAGUGAAAAUAUAUUAUUUCCUAAAUGUGUUCCAGUUUUAUUAGAUUUAGCUACAAGCGUUAAAGAAUUAAUGCAAAAACCAUCAAACGAUGUUAAAAAGCCAAAAGAAAAUAAUGAUUAUGACUACUUUGAUUCAUUACUAAAAGAAAUGGAAAUUCAUAUAGGAGCUAAAAUUGAAAAACAAACACUUACUUUAAGUUGUGAACCAACAGCCAAAGUUGCAGCAAUCGUUGGGUUGGAAAACAUUUUUAUACAAGUGAACACCCUUGAACCUGGAAAAUCUUCAUUAAAUUUGUCUUUAUUAUUAGAUUGGGUAUCCGCAUCUUUACAACAUAUUUAUUCAAGAGAUAUAAGUGCAUCAAUGAAAGUUGAACAAUUAACAUUGCUGAGUAAUUUUGAACUUGGUUCCAAUUCCCAAAUUAUAUCUUCAGGUAGUUUAACAAAUGUUUCAAGUUAUAUCAAUGUAAAACAAUAUCAGGAUGUUGAUUUAUUUAAAGAUAUAUGGUUUCCAAAAGAAUUAUUUGACUUAUAUGAUCAUCAAGAAGAAAUGGUUGAAGCACCUUCAGAGUUGGCAGAACAUAAGAAUAUUUCAUCUAAAUUUAAACAAGUUUCAACAAGUUAUGCGUUUCCUUGGGUUGUUGUAUUUGCUAUCAAUACUAUAAAUUUAGAAGUUGAUUUGGGCCAAUCAUUAGGUGUUUGUAAUUUGAUAAUUGAUAAUUUUUGGGCUCUAUCAAAAAAACUGGCUGAUUGGUCACAGGAUUUAAAAAUGGGUAUCAAUUCAAUUGCAUUAACAUCGAAAGGUAGGUUGGGUGGAUUUAUUUCAAUAGAAGAUAUGAAUUUACAUACUUCUAUUAGUUGGAAAUUGAAAGAUGAGUCAACAUUGGAUGUUCCAUUAAUUUCUGUUUCAGGUGGAGUUGGUAAAUUCCUGAUGAAAAUUUCAUUUGAUUAUCAUGUUAUCGCAAUUGCAAUUUUAGAGAAUUUUUCAAUGGAUAUAUACAACAGGAAGAAUGAAUUGGCUAUAGCUAAAGAUCAUUUAUUUGUUGCUUCAAAAUUUAAGACUGUUGAAAUUUAUAUGACUUCUUUGACAGCAUCUAACUUCAUCGAUAUUAGCAACACAAUUUCGAGAAUGAUUCAAGAUAAUAAAAGAUCUUAUAAGGAAACACUACGAGAUUCAUCUAAAAAAUCAAUUAUCCAAAAACCUCAUAAAGAUAAUACUAUCUUACAAACUAUAAAAAAAUUAGAAACAAUCAUUCAUGUUGCAGCUGGUAAAAUUUUAAUUCAUGUUUAUCCAUCUGCAUUAGAUAAUUCAAAAGUCUUAGUUGUUAAAUUAGAUGAUUCAAAAGUAAAAUUUCAACAAAAUGAGUUUAAAAAGGGAAUCUCAAAUGAAUUGAAUAUCAAAUUCAACGAUUUGAAAGUAUCGUUAUCAAAUGUUCCAGAAACUGAAGAAUCAUUUGUUCAAAGCUGUACUGUUGAAGAAUUUAGAGAUAUUGCAUGUAAAGCAAAAGGUGGUUCAAUUUUCGUUUUCCCAUCUUUCAAAAUCUCCAUGAGGACAUUUGAAAAUGAUCAAAAUCUUAUUGAAUAUUUAUAUCAAUCAACAUUUAAUGGAACUGUUGAUAUACGUUGGAACUUAGGUUCAGUUAAUUUUAUUAGAGAAAUGUAUUUAAUUCAUUCAAAUGCAUUAGCUUCAAGAAUGGAAUAUCGUCAAAAUAGACAACAAUUUGAAGAAGAAAAUGAAAGUACAACAUCUACAUUAAAACAACAAUUGAAUGCAGAAGAUCCAACUAAAGAUAUUGAUGAUGCAAUAAAAGUAACUAUGGAAAAAGUUGAAAAAACUUCAAAAUAUCAAUAUUUCGCAUUAGCUCCUCCAAUCAUUGAAGCUCCACAACUAAAAGAAUUAGGAAAUGCAACUCCACCAUUAGAAUGGUUUGGAUUAAAUAGAAAUAAGUUUCCAAAUUUUACUCACGAGUUGGCAAUUGUUAAUUUACAAAAAUUAGUCCAUGAAAUUGAAGUUCAGUAUUCAAAAAUGUUAGGUAAAGCAUAA